AUAUUAGUCUGCCAGUUCCCCUAUCAUUAGCACCUAAAUACUUAAUUUGCUGAUUCGUACGAUGGCGGUCCUAUAAGAAGAGGAAUAGCAUGAGACUCGUGAGCUAUCAGUUUACAUUCCUAUUCCAUUGACGUGAAAUGCCUUGCUCUAAGACGUCUUGGUCAACCUUAUUGUCGGUGUCGUUAAGACUAGUUCGCGUGUAUCGACAGAUUGACAUGAAAAUUUAUCGUCCUUAUAAUUACAGAGGUAGAUGGCGAUGAAGACUUUUUAAACCGAACUUAAUACGUUCCCUGUUCACGAUACAUUCGGCUGUAUUAUUACAUAUGAAGUUCAGGGUGAAGUCACUGGUGGAUCCCAAGCUGCACGUGGGUCCUUCUGCUUAUUUGUUUCGUUAAAUUGUGAGAAGUCAACCUUCACUGUUUAACACCACCAUGUCUUGUAAACAGCAUGGCUUUUGUUUUCAAUAAGAUGCCGUUAGUAAGAUGAGAUCAUCAUUGGAAUCUCAAUUAAUCUAUUACAACUUCAACCUAUUUUAUUUUCAAUCUACCUAACGUAAAUCUACUUUAUUAUUGAUGUGUUGCGAAUCGAUCUACUUUAAUUUCGAUAUACAAUGUGGACGAGUGUUUUGGAGCCAUCGCAGAACUUCUUAACUAAGCGAAGAAGAAAGUUCUCCUAUUUGGUGUAUGUGUCCUGUUAAUCAUAUCUGUAAUAUUAGCCAUCAUUAUAAUAUUAAUUAUUCAACGAGAAGGAUGCGACAUCAAAUUCAAUAGUCUUUCGGAACUUGGACGAUACAGGCAGAUAGAAAGUGCAACUUCACUGGCAAUAUCAAUGAAAAGAGAAUGGAUCUUACUGCAAGUCGCGAUAAUCGAUGAUCAUACAAACAGGCAGCCGUAUCGACGAAUGGACGGGAAUGCGCUCAAAUAGGCAGCGAUAUAUUGAAAAAAAAUGGAAGUGCAGUUGAUGCUGCGAUAGCUACUCUUCUUUGCGAGGGGGUAGCUUCGUUGCACAGUAUGGGAUUGGGUGGUGGUUUCCUGAUGACAAUAUGGGAUGCAAAAAAUGGAAGGGCCGACUACUUGGAUGCAAGAGAAACGGCUCCUGCCGCAGCCAAGGAAAAUAUGUUUCACGGAGAUGCACAUUUGUCGAUGUACGGUGGUUUGGCGGUAGCUGUGCCAGGCGAAUUACGAGGAUACUGGGAAGCUCAUAAAAAAUAUGGCAAAUUAAAAUGGAGAGAAUUAUUCGAGCCGACGAUAGCAUUGUGUUUAAGAGGCUCCGUUAUUAACGAUUAUCUUUAUGCCUAUCUCAUUAACAAAGAAUCUAAAAUUAAAGCAGAAAGUACUUUAGCCGACAUUCUUAUCAAUCCUGCUACUAAACGGCCAUGGAAGGUAGGUGAAAAAAUAAAAAGACCAAAAUUAGCAAAAACGUUAAGACUAAUAGCAAAUAAUGGACCAGAUAUAUUUUAUAACGGUAGCAUGACCGAUGAAAUGGUUACUGAAAUUCAAUCUUUUAAAGGUAUAAUAACCAGAGAGGACUUUGAAACUUAUAGUGUCAAGUGGAAAAAACCGAUCGAAAUUAAUGUCGAUGAUUUAACAAUCUAUACAGCACCUCCACCUGGUUCUGGAGUAAUUCUUGCGUUCAUUAUCAACAUUCUUCAAAAUAUUGUAUCAAUUAAUAACCAGAAUAUUAUGUGGCAUCGCAUCGUUGAGGCGUUCAAAUGGGCUUACGCAAAAAGAACUGAGUUGGGUGACCCUGAAUUUGUCGAUAUUGAACGUUUGUUAACUAAUCUAACGUCUAAGGAUUAUGCAAAAAUAAUCAAAAAUGAAAUCAAUGACUACGAAACGAGUAACGAUCCUAAACACUACGGCGCCGUUACGGCAACAACUAUGGAUUCUGGAACAGCUCAUGUUUCUGUGUUGGCGCCUGAUGGUUCUGCGGUAUCGGUGACUUCUACGAUCAAUCAGGUUUUCGGAGCAAUGAUUCGUUCGAAAUCUACCGGUAUAAUAUUCAAUGAUGAAAUGGACGACUUCAGUUCACCUGAUAUAACUAACGGGUUUGAAGUUCCUCCAUCACCAGCAAAUUUUAUUCGACCAGGCAAGAGGCCUUUAAGUUCUAUGAGCCCAACGAUAGUGAUAGGUAAAGAUAAAGUAGUUCGAUUAGUAAUCGGUGCCGCGGGCGGUACAAAAAUCACGACCGCUAUUGCUACCUGUAUGAUUUUAAAUCUGUGGGGUGGAUACAAUAUAAAGGAAACGAUCGAUUCUUAUAGAAUUCAUCAUCAGUUAUUACCGAUGACAGCUCAAACAGAAAAAGGUUUUUGUCCCGAUAUCAUACAAUAUUUGCGUGAAGUUAAACAUAAUGUAUCGACCUUUACGGGAAUAGGAAGUGCUAUCACAGCAGUGGCAAAUGAUGAAAAUGGUAUAACAGCGAAUUCAGAUUAUCGAAGGCAAGGAAGUGUGGCUGGAUUUUGAUUUGUGUCCUUCUGCUUUAGUAUCAUUUAAAUGCCUUUCAUACAGAAAGUGCACAAAUAGUUAAUUUUUAUGCACAAUUCUUUUUUUUUUAAGUGAAUCAAAAUAUAAAACAAGUAAAAUAU